AUGGGGUAUGGCCGGGACCCAUCCUUGCGACUCUCUAAUGGCAGCUGGCCGGACGGCGCGCGGAGUGUAGCUGUGUUUUGGCACCCGGAUAUGGACGAUGUAUAUACUAUACACUUUGGCGUUAACACUGACUUCAACAUGACUUCGAUUUUUACGGGGAAGUUGUCAACUGUCGUGGAGCCUGAGGAGGUGUUGCAGAUGAGGGUUGACUAUAACGGGAGGAGCAAGGAGAUGCUGAUCAGAUGGUACCAACCCCCUGUUCUGGGGGGAGGGGAAGUGGGCGAGAUGGGGGGUAGGAAAGAGAGAAGGGCUAGUGAGCCACGUGCCCUGCCUUCCCCCGUCGCCCUCUCCUCCUGGACCUUCCGAUUCACAGGUAGGGGGGAGGGGAAGUGGGCGAGAUGGGGGGUAGGAAAGAGAGAAGGGCUAGUGAGCCACGUGCCCUGCCUUCCCCCGUCGCCCUCUCCUCCUGGACCUUCCGAUUCACAGGGGGGAGGGGAAGUGGGCGAGAUGGGGGGUAGGAAAGAGAGAAGGGCUAGUGAGCCACGUGCCCUGCCUUCCCCCGUCGCCCUCUCCUCCUGGACCUUCCGAUUCACAGACACCGACCCCUGCAAGGGUUCUCCGGUGCUGCCCUGUGGCAUGGGUGCAUGCACCAAGGCACGUGCCCCGUGGGACCCGUCUAUCCUCGUGCCCUCCUGCAAGUGCCCCUUGAAGCUCCCCUCCUUCCAACCCUCCCACCUCUCCGGCCUGCCCUCCUGCUUCCCUGGUGAGACGUGGAGUGUGGUAGGCAAGAGGUGGAGUGCGGUAGGCACGAGGUGGGGUGCUGUAGGCAAGAGGUGGAGUGCAGUAGGUGAGAGAUGGAGUGCAGUAGGUGAGAGGUGGAGUGCAGUAGAUGAGAGGUGGAGUGCGGUAGAUUCCUUCACGUGUCGCCAGUUCCCCCGCAACCCGUGUGCCCCGGGGGUGUGCAUUGAUGACGUAGACGGCACCUACUCCUGCCUCUGCCCCUCGCCCUUCUUCCCCUUCUAUUUCUAUCCCAAAGGCGCUGCCCGCUGUUACCAGUUGCGAUUGGCUGAGACUCGAAUGCCCACCUUUCUGUCGCCAUACGGCCUCACAUGCGCGCUCAUCCUCAACACAUACGGGCUCACCCAAGCAGACUUCUUCGCCCAAAACAAGGGCUUUCAAUGCAGAGCGCCCAUCCCUGUAGACACUCUGGUCAACAUCACCAGCCGGGCUUUCUCCCAAUGCACUUCCAUGUACACCGCUAAUUAUGGUGACAUGUGUGACUCACUCAACGCCCUCUUCUCCACGCAGAUACAGCCGAUCAACCCCGCCCUCACCUGCUCCGACGGACCCAGGCCCGGCCAGCUCCUCUGCGUCAACUCCAACCAGACGUGGCUAGAGGAGGGAAGAACCCGCAUAUCAUGCAAGCUCCAGGCUCAAAUCACCCCAGCCGUGACACCAACCCCAUCCCCAACCCCACCCAGCCCUCAACCACCCCUUCCUCCUCCGCCUCCAGCCAACUACACGAUCCUAGGUGUGCCCGUGACUGUGCUACCAGGCCCGCAGAGCUGCCAGCAGCUGUGGCGGGCAUUUGGCGUCGCCUCUCCCUCGCGCUUCUUCCAGAUGAAUCAGGGCCUCUCGUGCGAUGCACUGCUGCCGUACAGCCCCCUGCAGGGCAAUAUGAUGACAAGG